AUGCUCCGAUUCUCAGCAUCCCCCUUUGUGCCCUGUCUGUUCCUGGACGCGCGCACCGCGCCCGCGCCGUUGGCCCCGCCCGCGCCCCCCAGCCCAGAGCGCCCCCGCCACGCGCCCGCGCCGUUUGCUACGCGCCCCGCAGUUCCCUUGGGCAGUCCCGCCCGGCGCUGCCGCAGAGCCCUGGACCCCGCGGCUCCGCUGACUUGGGGCUGUGCCCACUGGGAACUGGCGGGGCGCGUCGUCCCUUGCCAGGCCCCGGAACCCGCCGGGCUGCAGCAGAAGGAUGGGUCUGAGCCGCGUCGAGAAUCUGUGGGAUCUCAAGUGUUGGUCCAGCUCUCGCUCAAGCAGCCAAAGCAGGGUCCGUUAGAAAAGAGAAGAGGCGUCCAGCAGGGGGAGAAGCCAGUAGUCAGCUUGGAGACCACACCCCACCAGGAGAGAGCAGACUCAAAUUCAACCCCGAAGUCUAGGAGUGCAGACGAGUUAACAAAGCAAGCAGCUGAGGGCAAACCGAGACCCAGGCCCGGAGACCUGAUUGAGAUUUUCCGCGUUGGCUAUGAGCACUGGGCCAUCUAUGUGGGAGAUGAUUGUGUGGUCCAUCUGACUGCCCCGAGUGAGGAAUUUGAGGCCGGCAGCAUCACCUCCAUCUUCAGCAACCGGGCCAUUGUAAAAUACAGUCGUCUGGAAGACGUGCUGCAUGGCUGCUCCUGGAAGGUUAACAACAAACUGGAUGGGACAUACCUGCCGCUGCCCAUGGACAUGAUCAUCCAGCGCACAAAACAGAUGAUCAACAAGAUAGUGCACUAUAACCUGAUUGAAGAGAACUGCGAGCACUUUGUCAACAACCUCAGAUACGGCGUGCCCAGGAGCCAGCAGGUAGAGCACGCCAUGAUGGAAGGCGCGAAGGCUGCAAGAGCCAUUAUUUCAGCUGUAGUGGAUACAAUAAAGCCCAAACCAGCAACUGCCUGA